AUGCAGACAGUGCGCCGGGCACGAGGCCGCGCGCUGACCGCUGCCCGCCCGCCGCCGUCGUCGCGUCGGACGUCCGUAGCGCUCGCGCCGCUGCGCUCGUGGCCGCCGUUGACUGCACUGCGAACGCUCUCGUCUCGCACCCGUUCGACUAGCGCAGAGCAGUGGCCACAUCUGUCGGACGCUGCAGCUGCUGAUGCAGUGGACCAGCGCGACGGCCGCGUGUGGGUGGGACUGGCGCUCGCUGCGUUGGGUGUUGCAGGUGCAGUGGUACACGAACCAGCGGCCGACGCCCACGACCUGACCACUGACAGGAAGCAGCGAAAGGUGGCGCCGUUGCAGCAGAAAGACGAAGACAACGGUCCAGCGGCCGCAGGGCAAGUGCCGGCGGGCACGAAACACGCGCUGAAGAAGCGCAAGUCGAGUGUCAAGGACGGCAGUGUGGUCGUGAGUACAGCUGCUGUGCGGGGCGACCGCGCGUACAUGGAGGACACGUCGUAUGUCUCUUCUUGCAAACGGUUUGCAGCAGUCUACGACGGCCAUGGCGGUGCGGCCGUGUCGCAGUUUCUACGGGACCAGCUGUUUGCGACGAUUGCGCCGGAAGUAGCGCGCGUGGACCAAGAGGUGCACGGGGACUCGAAAGCGAGCACGCGACUGAGUCGACGGCAAAAGAUUGCAACGAUACUGCGCGACGCCGUGCACAAACUCGACGACCAAGUGAUUUCCAAGAACGAGUGGAAGUUCCAGGGCUCGACAGCCGUGGGCGUGUUGAUGUUUGAAGACGUGCUGUACUCGCUGAAUGUCGGCGACAGUCGCGCAGUCUUGUGUCGAUCGGGACAAGUUGUCGACCUCACGCGGGACCACAAACCGAACGACCCACAGGAACGCGCGCGGAUUGAGUCACUAGGAGGUCGAGUCCAGUGGUUUGGCUACGUAGACGCUCAAGGCGAGCCGAUCGAGCCGUACGGAGCAUACCGGGUGAAUGGCAACUUGGCCGUAGCGCGAGCUAUUGGCGACCGCGACUCGCGGCCAUAUGUCAUUGGGGAAGUUGAGAUCCGGCAGUACGACAUCGAGUACGACAAGGACGAGUUCAUCGUGAUUGCAUCGGAUGGGCUCUGGGACGUGUUCACCAGCAGUGAAGUGGUCGAGUUUGUGCAGGACGUCAUGAGUGGCGAGCUCGGUGGACGCGAGGCUUGGAGCAGCGGCGGUCAUAGCGAUACUCGCGUGCCUAUUUUCGAGUGGUCACAGCAGUACACGAGUGACCGGUCCAUGAUCAAGGCUGCGCGCAGACGACGUAAGGUGCAGAUCGCCAAUUACUUGGUGCAGGAAGCUCUAUUUCGUGGCACAUCGGACAAUGUGUCAGUCGUGGUGGUGUGGCUCCGUUAA